GUUUUCAAUAAAAAUUUAAAAUAUCUUUUAAAAUCUUUAGAGCGCCCAUUCAGCAGCAACAAAAAGUCAAAAACUCCACCAAUAUGCCAUUUUGAUGAAUCAUCCAAAAGAGGGUCGAAGAUGCAAUCCAAAAUAAAUUCCUUCUUCAAGCCUCCUUCUUCUCUGUCGGUUGAGCGCUCAAAUUCACCUCCAGUUUUCAGCGAUGAUGAGAACGAUGAAUUAGCUACCUGGGAGAAGAGGCAGCACACCAUUGUUAACACCUACACGCGUAGACCUUCAAAUUUUAAUGGGAAUGACAAGAAAAAAGAAUCUGGCGAUGACAAGUUCGACAAACCCAUAUCAGAGACUAGGGUUUCAAGGGAAGAAUGUGGUUCAAAUGGGAGAAAUCUAAAUAAGAAGAGAAGUUAUGCACAGUUUCAUUUGGAGUUAGGUCAAUCUGAUUUUCUUCUCCAUGCCUGUUUAAUUUGUGGGGUCAAGUAUUCUCCCGGGGAUGAAGCUGAUGAAAGGAACCAUUCCAUUUUUCACAAGAAUUUCACUCUUGGGGUUCAAUUCAAGGGAUGGAGAAAUGAGAGGGUUGUUCAUGUGCCCAAUGUUGAACGAAGUCGAGUCAUUUUGGUUUUGGAUUCUGAUCCUCUAGCUCAGAGGAAUAAGGUGCAAGAGGUUGUAAAGAUGAUGGAGACUGAACUUGGUGGGGGCUGGAUUUUUCACAAGCUUUGUAAGGUAUACCUAUUCAUUUCCUCCCAACGAAUUGCUGGUUGUCUAGUUGCAGAACCAAUAAAGGAAGCAUUUGAAGUUCUUUCAUAUCCAGUUGGUGAAAGACAGGAUGGUGCCAUAGCCAAGCGAAGAAGGUCAAACCCAAGCAAACUUCAGUUUGGGGAAAUUGUUUUAGAGAGGGAAGUCAUAAAAAGAGCUCCUUCAGAGGUAUUGCAUGAAAACCACACUGGAGUAAUUCUCUGUAAAAAGGAAGCAGUACAUGCUGUUUGUGGCAUUAGAGCAAUCUGGGUCACUCCCUCCAACAGGAGAAAAGGCAUUGCCACUCAAUUGUUGGAAGCAGUGAGGAAAAGUUUCAGCAAGGGAUAUGUUACUGAAAAAUCUCAGCUGGCAUUUUCUCAACCAAGCUCAGAUGGACAGGCUUUGGCGUCCAACUACAUAGGUACCAGGUCUUUUUUGGUGUAUAAAACGGGCAAUUUGUGCCGCUAGAUAUUAUAUAUAUAGCCAAAUUCAUUGUUUUCUUUCUUGAUCUUUUAUUUGUUAGAAUGAAUAAAUUUAUUUAUUUCUUCCAUUUUGAGUUGAGAAUGUGUUGUUAUCUUGAUGACAUAGCUACCAAAGCCUAACCGUGUUGGUUCAAUAUCUAAUGGAACCACAUUAACGAUGGAAUUCUUUCGUACAAAUUCAUUUCCCCCCAAUAUUCAGUCGAGAAAGAGGCAUUAGCUAUCUUGCUUGAUUCUGUAAUGAACUUUGAUCCAAUUCAAGACUUUUCGAAUUGGAUAGGAGGUUGAAUUAGUAAAGUCAUCGGUUUGAUCGA